AUGAUGAAUUUCAGCUUGUUUGGGUCUUUGCUCUGCAUGUUCAGUUGGAGCUCAACAUCGGUUUGUCAGUUUCACUCAGUUGUUGUUCAGCCUGGAGGAGAAGUCACACUGCGGUGCUCAAAUCUGAGCCGCGUUCCUGCGUUUCUCCGCUGGUUCAAACUGGCUGAUGGACCAAACGCCACCACYAUCRUGUCUAUGAACAGUUCUGGAUGGAGCAGUUUAAAUAAAAUUCAUCUUGGCAGAUUUACAAUGACAUCAAACAUCACAGAUCUUUUUUUGGACAUCAAAUCUGUGAAUUUCUCUGAUACUGGACUGUAUUUCUGUGGAUCUCGCACAGAUGGAAACCCAGUCAUUUUCAGUGCAACAUAUUUAAAAGUUGAAGUGAAUGUAUUUGAUGAAGUAACAAAUGUACCAGCUGCGAUCCUGAGCAUUGUAACUAUUUUUCUUUUAAUAUUCAUCAUCUGUCUGGCAGCAACAAUUUGGAUUUUGCAAAGAGCACAAGUUUAUACUCCAACUCAACCACAGAAUGAGAAUCUGAGCUCUGAUGAUCUGAAUUAUGCUGCUCCAACUUUUCACCCCAAAGCUGAAAGCAACAGAAGACCUGCAGCAGAGAGAGAGCUGGAGACAACUGUGUAUGCUGCCACCAGAUAAAUUCAUGUCAGAGUGGAAUCAAUGCUUCAGUAUCUGUGCAGGCUUGAUGCUGGUUGUUUUUCUUUUUGAAAUGUUAGAAUUUCACAUUUUGCUUGUGGCAGCUUUAAUAGAACUGAUUAAAAACUGAUAAAGGAAGAGGAGUGGACCUGAGAGAGACAUGAGUCAAAAAAGAUCACUCAAAACUUGGGACUUGACUUGAACUUGAAUUUUUAGUUUCAAAACAUUUGACUUUUCACUCUAAACAUAAAAAGUGUAAUAAAGGAACUGUAGCCUGCUGUACACCUCUGACAUUGAGCCAGGAUUUCCUCUUGGAAAUGCUCUUGGAUAAAGAGCACAAAGUAAUGCAUUACCUUGA